UCGAGUUUUAAUCAGAAAAAUUAAAAUUUUCAAUAGUUUUCCGAGUUCAAUGUAUCAACAAAUGGUAUGUACAACAGUGAAAUAACAUGGUCAGGUUUAAUUACAAUUAUUUUAUUAAAAUUUAUUGAUAAAAUUGUUGGAUUAAAAAUUGAACAUGAUGAAGAAUUAAGUUUAGAUGAAUAA